ACGGAGUCCGAUGUAGCGGUUGCCAGCAGCGGGCGGCUCUUGUGUCCCUGCGGGCGUUGAAACACAAAACCUUUCUUGGAAACAGAUUCCGGGAACCUCGGUGAGUCCGGCUGAACCGAGCUGCUGUCUCCUCUGCGCCUCACUCAGGGAGGGGAGCGCUUCAAUCGCACAUCCAGCGCUCAGCACGCUUAUACAUAUUUGAAUCAUUUUAGAGGACUGAAGCGAAAACUUUGGAGGAACGUUUAUUAUUUUAUUUUUUUCUCGCUGUCAGCCCCUCUGCUUGGGUCCUUAAAUACUCACUGCAGGGCUGUUUUCACGCUGGUUUCAAUCCUUAUGGUUUUUCCUGAUUUGAGGUGCGCUGUCGGUCAGCAAUGGUUGCUCGGGCGGUGACCAUUUUCCAUCAUGAGGAACAAAGAAAGUCAUCCUGCUCGGAUCCUGCGCCUCCAUCCUGGGACCCAGCAGAUGACCUCCGCUGCAUCACCACCACCUUCCAGUAUCUGCAGACUUCUGGUUGGUACUGGGGUCCCAUCUCAGCGAGUAAAGCUCGGGAAGCUCUCCUCACAAAGUCUGAAGGCACAUUCCUGGUGCGGGACAGCAGCCAUCCACAGUACAUGCUGGCUCUGUCAGUGAAGACUCGCUGUGGACCUACCAGCGUGCGUAUAGAGUACAGCAAGGGCUGUUUCUGGCUAGACUCUGUCUCCCCUGGCCUGCCUCAGCUGCAGUCCUUCCCAGAUGUUCCUAGCCUUAUACAGCACUACACCAGCUCAGGCCACGCAGCACAGGACCAGACAUCCAGUGACAUUCACCCCCAAAUGGAACCUGACCCUUCCCAGCACGCAGCUAAAGACAGUGGAGUACCCCUGAAGCUGAAGCACCCGCUUCACAAACUAGAGGUUUUCCCUUCUUUGCAGCACCUGACACGCCUCGCCAUCAACAGGCACACAAACUGCCCCAACCAGCUGCCCCUCCCAAAGCCUCUGCUCUUCUACUUGCAGGACUAUCCUUUCUCGAUAUAAUACCUGCCCCUCAGAGACAGGACAAUCAGACUGGAACAUGGUCGCGCCGUUGAGCGCAUACUGUGAAUCGGGGACUCUUUGAUAUAUUUAUGUAUAAUAAACCACUCUUGACCUCACUGCUCAUGAAUGAGCUUAUUCUUACUGCACUGCCGCUGGUAUUCUUCAAUAAAUAUUCAAUUAUUUACUGUGAAA